UAUUCACCUUGGCCUUUCGCUUUGUUUACGCAGAAGUUUUUGUGAAAUUUGUAAUAAAUUGAAAAAAUAACAAUAUAAAAUGGCAUCAGCAUCUAGUUCCAGUGCUCGUCAUUUGUUUGAUGAUUCCAAGAAACGUCUGUGCGCUCGAGUUGGUGUAAAUGUGAACAAUUUGGGCUCUGUAGCCAGGCAAGUGGUGCGAAGCUCCAAGACCAACGAGAUUAUGCAUCAGACACUGAAGAAUUUUACGCAAGUGGACGUGGUAUCCGAUUACAGCAACCAAAACCUGCAAAAGAUGACGCUCAUCCUUCAGCACGUCGGCUAUCAGUACGACGUGAUGCAAGACAGUGUCAAUCAUUUGGAUUAUCUCAAGGAGCAGGUGACGGCCAUGGAAAGAUGAUUGGAAGAGCAAAGGCCCAGACAUUAGUUGAAGUGCACACCUUACGCCCACUAUAAUUUCGACAGUAAUUCCGUUCAUAUAUUUUCAUAAAUACCAGAGCUCCAUAACCUCGUCUCGGGUUAAUCGCAGCGAGGAGCCCUUGAA